GCUGAUGACUAUUCAAAGCUUGCAUUUUUAUGUGCUGAUCAUUCUGUUUGUCUACGUGCAAAAUACGGAAAGCGCUAUACUUUGUGGAUUCCCAGGAUGGGAAGGGAUAUGGCGUAUGAUUGCUGGUCUUGUCACUUGCUUUGUGCUGCUUCAUCUCCAGAUUUAUAUAGAAUUAAUUUAGAGCAGAGUCAAUUUCUCUCAUCUCUGAAUACACAGUCAUUGGCACUAAAUGUUGUUUCUCUAAGCAAACUUCAUGGGCUAGUUGCUUGUGGUGGGGAAGAUGGUGCCGUGGAAUGUUUUGACAUGAGAAUGAGAUCCUCAGUUGGUAGAAUUAAUGCUAUUGCACCUGCUGGUGAUAUUGACCAGAUUACAGCAUUGGAGUUUGACACAAAUGGGGGUUUCCAAAUGGGAGUUGGAAGUAGCAUGGGGAAGGUGUUGCUUUAUGAUUUGGGAUCCUCAUAUCCUAUACGAAUCAAGGAUCACAUGUAUGGGAGUCCAAUAUUGGAUAUUAAGUGGCAUCAUAGUCUUAACACGGAGCGACCAAAGUUAAUUACAACAGACAAUCAUGUUGUCAGAAUAUGGGACCUGAGACAGUAAGAUGGAGAAGGCAGGACCCCGAUUGAACCAUCAGGUGGAAAGAUAAAUGAUGUAUGUUUGUUCAAAGACAGCGGGUUGGUGUUGCUGGCUUUAGAUAGCAGCCAGAUACCAGCUUACUUCAUACCUGAUUUGGGACCUAGUCCCAAAUGGUUUGCUCCAAUGGAAAACAUGACGGAAGAGGUAGAGGAAGCUGGACAAACAACCAUAUAUGAUAACUACAAAUUUUUGACUAGAGAAGAUCUUGAAAAGUUGAAUUUGACCAGUCUGAUUGGCACCAAUCUUCUAAGAGUUUACAUGCAUGGCUUCUUUAUUGAUUAUCGACUAUAUAAGAAGGCAAAGGCAACAGCAGAUCCUUUUGCGCAUGAAACCUAUAAAGAGGAGCAGAAACAAAAACGUGCAUCUAGAAUUACGCUUAAAAGGAAAUUACCCAAGGUUAACUGUGGUCUUGCAGCUCGUAUCCUUGAAAACGAAAGUAAAGAUGUUGACGACAACGAGUCUAAGAAGAAAUCCAAGAAGAAGAAAGGCCUUGGCAGUGGUGUUUUCAAAGAUGAACGAUUUGCAGCAAUCUUUGAAAAUAAGGUAUCAUAA